GCUGUUCGCUUCCGCCGACCGACGGGACGGGAGUGGCUUCACUGGUCAGCUGCACUAGCUCAGUGAGAGCGAGCGACGGGGAGGCGAGGCGAGGCGAGGCGAAGCGGCUGUUGGCGCUGCAGCGAUGGCCGGCGCUCCGGCGGCGCAUUCCCUCCCGGGGGCCGUGCGGCGGCGGUUGCUGCUGCUGGUUGUCGUCGCGCUGGCUGUGCUCGGCGGUGGCGGGGACAGGGUCCGCGCCGCGGACGACGCGGGCGGACUGAGCCGGGCCGCGUUCCCCAAGGGGUUCGUGUUCGGGACGGCGACGUCGGCGUUCCAGGUCGAGGGCAUGGCGGCGUCCGCCGGCCGCGGGCCGUCCAUCUGGGACCCCUUCGUCCACACCCCAGGGAAUAUUGCAGGAAAUGCGAAUGCAGAUGUUACGACAGAUGAAUAUCAUCGCUACAAGGAAGAUGUUGAUCUCCUGAAAAGCCUGAAUUUCGAUGCAUAUCGGUUUUCAAUCUCAUGGUCAAGGAUUUUCCCUGAUGGAGAGGGAAGAAUUAACACAGAAGGUGUAGCGUAUUACAAUAAUCUAAUAGAUUAUGUCCUUAAGCAAGGUAUACCUUCAAAAAUAAUAGUUCGACGUUUGAGUUUUGCCACCCUAAGUAUAUUGCUGUCUGAACUACCAGGGCUUAUUCCUUACGUCAAUCUGAACCACUAUGAUCUCCCACUUGCGCUUCAGAAAAAGUAUGAAGGCUGGUUAAGCUCAAAGAUUGUGGGAGUAUUUGCCGAUUAUGCUGAAUUCUGUUUUAAGACUUAUGGUGAUCGAGUCAAGAAUUGGUUUACAUUUAAUGAGCCAAGGAUAGUAGCAGCACUUGGCCAUGAUGCAGGGACAGACCCACCUAACCGAUGCACCAAGUGUGCUGCUGGUGGGAACUCAGCAACAGAGCCAUAUAUAGUUGCUCAUAAUAUCAUCUUAUCUCAUGCUACUGCAGUUGAUAGAUACCGUAAUAAGUACCAGGCAAGUCAGAAGGGCAAGAUUGGAAUAGUUCUGGACUUCAAUUGGUAUGAACCUCUAACUAACUCAACUGAAGACCAAGCAGCAGCUCAGAGAGCCAGAGACUUCCAUGUUGGUUGGUUUCUUGAUCCACUAAUAAAUGGUCAAUAUCCAAAAAAUAUGCGAGACAUUGUGAAAGAAAGAUUACCUACUUUUACACCUGAACAAGCUAAGCUAGUCAAGGGCUCCGCAGAUUAUUUUGGGAUCAAUCAAUAUACUGCUUCCUACAUGUCAGACCAACCUGCACCUCAGCAGGCACCAACUAGCUACUCAUCUGACUGGCAUGUUUCAUUCAUCUUUCAACGAAAUGGCAUACCAAUUGGACAGCAGGCAAACUCUAAUUGGCUUUACAUUGUUCCAACUGGCAUGUAUGGAUGUGUGAACUACUUAAAGGAGAAGUAUAAUAACCCAACAAUCAUCAUAUCUGAAAAUGGAAUGGAUCAAUCUGGAAAUCUCACUCGUGAAGAGUUCUUGCAUGACACCGAAAGGAUUGAGUUCUACAAGAACUAUCUCACCGAACUGAAGAAAGCAAUUGACGAUGGCGCGAAUGUGGUUGCAUACUUCGCAUGGUCCCUUCUUGAUAACUUUGAGUGGCUGUCAGGUUACACAUCCAAGUUCGGCAUUGUGUAUGUUGAUUUCACUACUCUCAAACGGUACCCGAAGGACUCGGCCAACUGGUUCAAGGACAUGCUGCAGGCAUCAGGGCCUACCACAAAAUCUGGUUCAGUCACUUCAGGUGCUCAAGUUGGUUCAGCAACUUCAGGAAGCCAUCCAGUUGGUUCAGCCACCUCAAUUAGCCAUCGGCUCUUGCUUCCUCUGUUGGUUUCCUUGCACUUUCUUCUCCCUGCCAUCUUCAUGUUCCCCUCCUUGUAGAAGUAGCAACCAGUAGUGAUUAAUAAGCAGUGGAUGCCAGCAGUAUGUUCGUUUUUAAAAAAGUGCUGCAGCUAAGCGGGUCUGAGACCAGCCUGGAGGUCAUCUUGUUUGAUUUUUCACCUACUGUUCGCCAGUAGGGAACACUAUGAUUCAGAACCAGAUUUGUAUUGUGGUGAUAAUUCUAUUGUGUGUUCGCAUAUCGGCA